UGUUAAAUAAAUUAGAAGCAAGGUUUAAAAGUUAUUUGAUAUAUUUACCAUAAUUUAUAUUUUAUUUUAUUUAUUUAUAUGGUGGUACUCCAGAACGACCAUCUUUACGGUCAAAUUGAAGGAAAUGCAAAUAGACACCCAAUGGAAGGACGCUGAAAUGAGAUCCUUUGAACCGCCUCCAAGUCCACCAGUUUCUUUGAAUGAACAGAUUUCUAAGAAAUCGAGCUCAGAUUACUUACACCCCUCGUCUGCAGCAAAGUCUAGCAAUAUAAAACAAAAGUCUUUGAAUUCACUCGUUUCUACCCAACCGCAAUCAUCUCAACCAGCCAUUUCAGCUACUCCAAACGUCGACGACGAUAUAGCUUUCAGGCAGGCUCAAUUAAAGCAAGAACGCGCUGAAAAAGCGAGAGCUGUACAGCAAGCGCAUGAGCAGCAAGAAUCUCAAGCUAUUAGAAAGCGUCAAUCCUCUGAUCAGCCUUUAGUUGGUAAUCUCAUCGGUGAAGAUCACGCAAACUACGUUUUGAUGUACAAUAUGCUCACCGGUAUUCGAAUCGGUGUCUCCCGUUGUCAAGCCAAACUCAGGAGACCUCUCACAGAUGCUGACUUUAAAGCCAAGCAUAAGUUUUCUUUUGAUAUCGUUGGAAAUGAAUUAACUCCUUCCGCAAAAUAUGAUUUCAAGUUUAAAGAUUACGCACCAUGGGUUUUUAGGAGUCUUCGCGAUGAUUACUUCCAUCUAGACCCGGCUGAUUAUCUACUCUCACUUACCGCAAAAUACAUUUUAACAGAACUUGGUAGUCCAGGGAAAUCUGGCUCUUUCUUUUACUUCUCAAGGGAUUUCAAAUAUAUUAUCAAAACUGUUUCACAUACAGAGCACAAGUUCUUACUUUCUAUAUUAAAGGAUUAUUACGAGCACGUUAAAAGUAAUCCUCAUACCUUACUUUCCCGCUUUUAUGGCUUACAUCGCGUCAAAUUACCACGUGGUCGAAAAAUCCAUUUCGUCAUCAUGAAUAAUCUUUUCCCUCCACAUCGCGAUAUUCACGAAACUUAUGACCUUAAAGGUUCAGCAAUUGGUCGUGAAUACCCUGAAGAAAUGAUUAAAGAGAAACCUGGUGCUGUUUUGAAAGACUUGAAUUGGGUUCAUCGACAUCGCAGAUUAGAAUUAGGUCCAGAGAAGAGGGCACUAUUUCUUACACAAUUAAAUAGGGAUACACAACUACUUCAAAGGCUUGGUAUCAUGGAUUAUUCUCUACUUUUAGGUAUUCAUGAUAUGACAAGAGGGAAUUCAGAAGGUCGUCGGAAAGAUACAUUGAAAGUCUACCAGCCUCAACUUGAAGGAAGUGUACCUGAAGAUCAACCAUUGAAUACUGGUAGCACGUCCAUCCAAAGACGUGUUUCUAGCGCGAUCCAUCGUGGUGAAAGUCGAAACGUACGUAUGUCAAUUAGGCGCACAGAGCCUAAGAACCUUGAUAAAGAUCCAAGUCGUGCUCUCAAUAAUGCGGAUAUUGCAGAAAGACGUCACUUCUGGUUCUACCAGGAUGAAGGUGGUUAUCGAGCGACCGAUGAUCAAAAUGAUGAUUUAGAUAUAAUUUAUUAUCUUGGUGUUAUUGAUAUUUGCACACCUUAUAAUCUAGUCAAACGUAUCGAGCAUCGCUGGAAAUCAUUAACACAUGACACACAAAUGAUAUCAGCAAUUCCUGCUCAACAAUAUGGAGAACGUUUUAUUCAAUUUAUGAAAUCAACAGUCAGAGGUGCUGAUAUCUCACAACGUCCAAAGAUGGAAUAGUUGUAGAUUUUGGAAGUUGAAAAGAAAACAAUUGAUACCAACAUUAGUAUACCCAAAUUUUUGCAUUGCGUACGCCUGCAAGGUUAAACACUCACUUUGGUGAACUACACACUCAUUUUCACACUUGAAGCAUUAACAAUCACGAUUUCAUUCAUUAUCACACUCAUUAAGAAUCUUCUUAUUGCUUUCUCUUUCAAGGACAAUUUAAUCAGAUGUCGUUUAAAUAAAACAGUUCUGUGAACAAA